UGUUUUUUUCGCAUUUAACUUGUGUAUUUUCAUAUUUAAAAUUUCAUAUUUUCUUUCAUUGACUUCACUUUCAAUUUGUUUUGUUUGUGCUUCACAGUUUUUCCAAUGUGUUUUUCAUUCUUAUUGUUUAUUUACUAAUAAUAAUAUAUUGGGUUGCUUUGUUAAUUUAUAUUUUAUGUAUUCAUUGUUUUCAUUUAUUGUAUAGUGGGUUUCAUUUUUUUUUUUUUUUUUUUUUUUUUUUUUUUACUCUGCCCCCCAUAUUUUUUCAUUCACUUAAAACAUUUUAUUUCUUUUGUCUAGUACCUGUUGACACUUUUCUCGUUCUGUACCAAUGUGUUUAUUUUUUUACAAGUGUAUUGUGUGUACGUGUGUGUGCUCUAUAAUUUCCUCCUCGUGUUUAGAGCAAACGCUUGUGACAUUGUCAAGUAAUCUGUUUGUUGUGCUUUUCCAUGCUCUUGCUGUAUUUAGCAGGCGUCGUCGACAUCAUUGUUGGAUUUCUUCUCCACGUGGUGUUGUUUUAGUAACAAUCUGUUCCCCACGCUCGCACCCCAGCUUAGAUGAUUGAUCUCAAAAGUCUCGAGGUCAGGUGGGUGCGUGAGGUUUAAGAAGAAAACAAUGCCGGUAAAUACUUAAUGUGUAUUUCUGAUCUCCUCACUGUGACCUGCUCAGAUUAUGACCUGUGUGCGUGUCGAGAGAGAUGUGGUGGACUGCUUCGCUUUUCAGUGUUUAAGAGGCGAGUGAGUGGGGAGGAACGAGGAAGUGCUUCUGUUGGCAGCCCAGCUUUUACUUCCUGGAAGCUUUUCAGGUUGCAAACGGGGCUUGCUUGCCAACUCUUCUCCAUCCGCCAUUCCGACAGUAGGGAGGGAAGACCCCCAACUUGUUCUCAUGCAGACGUCAGAUGUCGCCUGCCAAUCCAUACGAAGAGGAGGAAGACGAGGACACUUGAUGAGAAGCGUGGAGGAAGUAGGGGAUUCGCACAUCAACGCCUAGAGUGUCGAUUAGUGGGAGGUGUGGCCGGCCCGAGUUCCACAGCAUAUGGAGCUUCUAAUUGGCUAGAACAGCACAGCUGGACGACACCGGUGCAGUGCAAGGCCUGACCCUCUGCUAAUCAUUCCCACAAUCCUCGGAGCUCCUCCUCCUCCUCGCCAGCGGGUGGGCAGGACGGUCCCCAGGGACCCGGCGAGCACGUGGUCCGGGCUGCCAUGAGACGUCAGCGGCAGAUGGCACCAGCAGCCCCAUGCAUACCGGCUGCUGGCACCAGUGGCAGACAGUCCUGAAGAAGACAGCGAAGAGGAGGAGGAGGAGGAGCAGAGAGGAAGCCUGGGUGUGCUCUUGUCAUUAUUGCUGUCAUCUUUUUGGGGGGCGCAUGAGCGACAGGAGGUUUGGGAACAUGCAGGCUGCACGCUGACCCCCCCUCCCUGCAUGGAAUUAUGUUGACUCUGCCAUUCGACGACGCGCACACGAUGUGUGAGCCACGCUUCGGCGCCAGUUACCCCCGCGGAGGUGCCCCCGAAGAGCGAGCUUCCCCUCGCCCUCCUCACCAUCUCCACGAUGACGACGAAGACGACGACGACGAGCCGUGCAGGUCCACCGGAGACGACGGCGCCUCCUCGGAUCGGGACUACGAGCAAGAGGACGGCGGCCUCCUGCUGCACAAGAAGCGCGGGCCCCGGAAGAAGAAAGCCAAUAAGGAGCCGCACGAUCGCUCCAGGAUGCGGCGGCAGGAGGCCAACGCCCGGGAGAGGAGCCGCAUGCACGGCCUCAACGCCGCCUUGGAGAGCCUCCGCAAAGUGGUGCCCUGCUACUCCAAAACGCAAAAGCUGUCCAAAAUCGAGACCCUGCGCCUGGCUAAGAACUACAUCUGGGCUUUGUCCGAGACCCUAAGCGCCGGCAAGAGACCCGACCUGCUGGCGUUUGUGCAGACCCUCUGCAAAGGAUUAUCGCAGCCCACCACCAACCUGGUGGCGGGCUGCCUGCAGCUCAACGCCCGGAACUUCCUCACCGACCACAACGGGGAAGUGGUGUUCUCCGGGCGCUCUCCGUACGACCCGCUCUACUCCUCGUCCGCCUACCCGGGUUCCGAGGUGAGCGCUCCCACCGCCGGGCACGGCAGCUCCGGCCCGUCGGACCCGGCAGGCAAGCCGUUCCGCCACUACGGCUACUCGGGCGCCUACGAGCCGUCCUACGCGUCCCCGGAGGCCGGCAGCCCGCACUUUGAGAGCCAGCUGAGUCCUCCCGUGAACCUGAACGGCAUUUUCGCUUUCAAGCAUGACGAGCCGCCGGACUACGUCAAAGGGGGUCACCACUACGGGGUGCGCUACUGCGGCGCGAGCGGACGCGCGGCCCUGGCGCACGGCUCCAUGUACCGGGUGGCCCCGGAGGCCCGCUACCCGUACGACCUGCACGUCCGCGGCCAGUCCUUCCAAGCGCAGGGGGAGCUCAACGCCUCGUACCACAAUUAAUUCUGAACAAAGUUCUUCGUCUUUUCCCCUCAGAUCAAAAGUCUGUACUUUGGACGCCGAAGCACAACAAACUUUGACCGUCCGCCACAAGUCAAUGAAAAUGUCCAAAUCCACAUCACAAUUCGUUGUAUGAUUUACGUGUCAUUUGGGGGGUCGUAUUAGGUUAUUAUCAAUUUACAAUUGAGCAAUAACAUAGCAAUGAAGCUAUGCAAAUGGCGGUUAAACAUCUAAAUUGUUCCAGGACAAUUCAAAAUACAUGUGCGUGAGUGUGGAGUCAAUUGUGUUUUAAUAGAGUGACUGUAAAUUAUGAGUACUUAUUUAUUGGUUGAUUUAUUUAUUUAUUUGAGCCUAUUUAUUGACAGUGGAUUAUAUAUGAUAGAAUUAUUGUACAUUUCAAAACAGUGUUAUGUGAAGGAUUUUAUGUUGUUGUUGUCAUCCAUUGGCUUGAGAAGGGGUUUAAUAUUCCCACGUGUCACAUUCCUUAAAAAGGCACCACCGUUAAUAUGCAAUGACAUUCAUUUUGUCAUUUGUUAACAAAUUAUGGCAUUUUGGGGGCGGGGAAAUGGCCAAACCUUUACUCGUUAUGAAUCCAAGUAAUGUUCAUGUUGUGAUGCGCUUGUAUCAUUGACCACAAUUGAAUGAAUAAAUGAAUU